ACUACCGCAAACAACAACUGGGCAACCUUUCCAGUGAAAUUGAUCAGUCUCCCUGUGGAGUGACACAUGAAAUGUGACCUUGCGUGAUAUAUAAAACGUUAUGUUCCCUUUCUUCUGCCAAGUUUGAAGUACUUAAUUAAUUAAGAAGAUGCCAAAACUGGGGAGAAGGAGUGACAUACCUGAUGUGCAAUAUGCAAUCAGUAAGAAUGUCACUACCACUAAUGCUCCCUUUGGUACAACUGACAGUCCCAAUGUAAGGGUCAAGAUUGUUGGGGGAAAGACGGUCAUGGUAUUAGAUGACACUGGGAAAACAAGUCCCAAGUCAGGCAGUGCACUGGCACCCAUUACAGAGAAACCCAAUCAUUUUGAUCCCAAGGUUCUCACCAAUGCUGACAGAAACACAUCCCAGUGGGGGUUUUCUAGUGCACAGAAGGACAUACACAAUUCUCAUUUCCACAAAGUAAGUCAGGGGAGGGGACCCCUGAACCCACAUACUAUACUGCCCCCUAUCCACAACAGUCAACACUUUAGGAGUGAAUCUACUCAGACUGAUGUAGAGGAAGGCACACAGACAGACUUUGAUGAUAACAAUGAUAAGGACAUGUUCCAGAAGCAUCUUGGUUAUGGUGGAAACAUGCCUUCACAUGCUGUUCGGCUGACAAAACAAGAGGAAUUGACUCUUUUAAAUCAAAUCAAUGAAGGUCUGGGAAGGUAUGACCCUCAGCUCAUGAGAGAUUUGUACCUGGAACUGACAGGAUAUGAUAAACAUUUAACUGGGUGGAUUCUGUUUGAAGAUCUCCAGCACUCCUUGUCUAAAAUGCAGGCUUAUUCAAAAGCGAAGGUGUAUUUACCUCCACAAACAGUUCGACUGGCAGCAUCUUUAUUUGUAUCUCCUGAUCACCCAGGACAAGUCAACUAUGAAAAAUUUUUGUCCUACAUUGGAUCAGCAACAAAGGAUUAUAGAUCUCAGCUUCAAUCUGGGCAACCAAAAACUGAGCCUCCAAAGAAAGUUUCCAACGUCAGUCCACAGACCUACCACAAGGGAGACGGCAGGGUGGCCUAUAGUGACAAACUGAACAGUCCCAGGAGUGUUGCUGAGACAUCACCAAAUGUAGAUCAAAGGAUCACAUAUUACAGGUAUCCUGGAACACAGCCUACCUCAGAAGGGAAUUCCCCUAGAGAACCAGAUUGGGUGUAUGAGGACAAUGCCAAGUUACUUCGCAUUAUUGAAGAUACAUUCCUUCAAAGUAAAGAUGAGAUUGAUCUGGAAAAGAUGAGGUCAUUGUUUGCUAAAGCUGACAGGGAGAGGCGAGGAACAUUAUCUAGGGAUCAGAUUAAGGACAUUUGUGUUUACAGCUCCCUGCCUUUACAGGGAUCUAUCCUGGAUAGGGUUGUGGAUAAAUGCAAAGGCAUGCAUGGCCAAUACCAUUGGGAACAGUUCCUUGAAUACUUGGAGAGGGUGCAGCCCCUACACACAGGCUUACCUAUUCCUGAUAGUAAAAAACCACUGGAAUAUGCCAAGCAAAUUCUGGAGCCAACUGAAAGCUGGCCAAGGAAACCCACAGAAUCUCCUGUACAGGUAUCACCUAGGGGAAUCGACCCUGGCAGAGGUGCAUAUGGAGCUCCUUCAACAUCAGGUCAGCAAAUGAAAUAUAAUACUGUGGAUCCCAAUGACCAGAUGCAUUUGAGGCACUCAAGAAUGGAUAAACUGGAUCAUUUAGAUAGCCGAUUCAAAGAGCAGACACGCAGUGACAGUAUUGAACAUCAGUUGAAAGAACUUGAAGAUAACUAUCAGUAUGCAAGACGGAGACUGGAGGAGGAGAGGCGACAUGAGACAGAGCCAUGGUUCCAGAGAUUUAUGAAGUUAGCCAACGCUUUGUAUGAAAGUGACACAGAUCAUUCUGGAGCAUUACCUGAAGAUGAAGUAGAAAGACUAUGUAACAUGUACAAUGAUGCUUAUUAUCUUGACAUUCCUGAAAAUGAGAUACGCAAAGCAGUUAGACAUAGUUCCAGUGACAGAGGAUUAGUGUACAUAGACCCCCUUCUACAAAAGUUGGGUUUACAAAAAUAGAGUAUUUACUGGUAUUUCAUUAUGUUUAUAGGGAAAUGCAUGUACAUUGUGCCAUAUGUGUUAGUUGCCUUUGUGAACUUAGGGUGGAAAUGUCUACUACUGUAUUAAAAAACAACAAAACUUGUCAUUUGUAAUAUUUGCUCAUAAAAUUUUUUCCAAUAAAUUCGAGAUAUGAAUCUACAUGUAUAUUAUCUGUGUGAAAUAAAGUGCAAAUAAUUUGCCUGUGGGAACUAAUCAACUCACAGGUGGCUAGUUUUAACUAGACGUUUAAAGUAAAUGUUAUACUGAGUACAAGUUUGAACUUCAGAUUUACCUUAAAACAAGCUUUAUGAACAAGAAAUAUUUGUUUGACUGUAUAUACUUAUAAAUAGUAUUUUGUAUAUUUGUUAGUACAGCUUGUCUCUGUAACAUUGUUUUUGUCAGUUUUUGUAUACUUUGUAUUAUUGAUAUUUUAUUGUUUUUUACUAUAAGUUUUUAAUGUGGAUUAUUCCAGGCCUGUUAUUGUUAUGAUUGGAAAAAUAGAUGCUUUUUGAUCACACACAAGCACCAGGUUCUAGAUGCAUUUGGCUAUUAAUUUGCUUCUGGUCAGAUCUUAGAAAGUUGCAAGAUAUGCUUUCUGUUAUAUAUUUCAUUUGUCAUCAACAACACUUAUGCCACACUAUGUAUAGUGACCACCAACAGUUAAAAAUAUUUUUAUGCAAUGCUUAGUACACAUGUACCGGUAGUACCUUACAAAAUUUUUUAUUGCAAACUAUAAAUGUAAAUAUGUUUUAUGUUGUUCAAUGGUGACACUGUAUGAAAACAAUUAUCAGUAAGAUACUUUUUGUUUGUAAAAGCAUAUCUCUUUUGUAAAUAUUUACUGAAUGAAGAGUUUUAAAAUGUCAAAUUUAGCAAUUGUUUAAUUCAAGUCAAAUAUAUGAAACCAUCAUUCUAACUUUUUAAAUUAAGAUAUUAUUUGACUUUGAUUUUUUUUCAUUAAAAUUUUACUGUUUAGUUCUGUUACAUCAAGGAGUUAACCACUUUGGUUUGACACUGUAUGUCUCCAUUCUUUACUGGAUUACGCAUAGCAAUAAUAAUCGUCGUGAUUUGUAGAAUCAAAUAAUAUUAUCAAAAGCAUUUGUUGCUCAACCACAGAAAGGAUGAUAAUUAAAUUACAGGUAUUAUAUUGUGUUCAGUAUGUGCCUCUAAUACAUUUUACAGUAUUAGCUUAU